GCAGGCAUGAUUAAUGGCUACUGGAUUUAGCUUCACACUUUGGACCUUCACAAAUAGAUGACAAAAAAUGCAGACACAAAGUUCGGAUCUCUAUCAUGGGUUGAAUUAGUUCCUGACUCUGAAGAUAGCCCUUCCUCUCGCUCUGGGCAUUCUCUUAUAUUCUUUGAAGGAUCUCUAUACCUUUUUGGAGGAAAAGAUGAAUAUUCAGCAAGUAAUGAACUUUGGCAGUACCACACUGAAGCAGCCGUCUGGACUAAACUCUCAUAUUCUGGAAAAGCUCCCCCUAGACUAUUCAAUCAUAGUGCUAUACUAUACGAUAAAAAAGUUUUCAUAUUUGGUGGGUCAUUAGGGUCCAGUUUUUCAUUGUGGGUUUUUGACUUUUCGGUGUACGAAUGGGAGAAAUAUCAGACUGGAGAUAACUGGCCUCUCAACCGUCACUCCCAGUCAGUGUCUAUUCUCAAUAACACUGUGUACAUGUACGGAGGUUACACUUACCUUGGUUGUGAAAGUAACGAGCUGUGGACGUAUGAUCUGGAUGAUAACGAAUGGUGUAAAGUGGAGACCGCUGAAACCAACACUCCACCAGCAAUGUUCGGUCACACGGCCGUGUUCAGUGGACCUGUGAUGUGGCUAUUUGGAGGUAGUGCUCAAAGGGAAAUUAUCAACUCUCUCUGGUCUUAUGAUACUGAAACACAACAGUGGACUCACCAUGUCAAAGUGUUUUCUCCACCGCCUCUUUACUAUCACAUUGCAAUUGUCACUGGUGAUGUGAUGCUAAUAUACGGUGGUUUUGAUGAAGGAGUAAAAGCUUACACGGGCAUGUGGCGAUUUAACUUCGAAACAGAAGUAUGGACCCAGAUGGUGUCUACUGAGUUACCUGCUCUGGCUGGUCACGCUGUGGCUGUCUCUUACGUUAAAUCAACACGCAAUGGUAACCACUCGGAGGUAAAACAGAGGAAUAACAACCCGCGAUCACUACACGACCAACACUCCGUUAACAAUCUGUACCAGUCAGGUGCUGGUAGUAACAACACGACUCUUAACAGUUCUACUACCACUGUUACUGCACUGGACGAUAGUGCCAUGUCAAAUAGUGCGGUUGGAGAGGAUUACGGUAGUACGUGGGUACGGAACGGUUCAUUAGACUCUGCAGAUAAGGGAGGAGAAGUAGUGUUGUUUGAUAAAAGGAACCCUACAAGACAGUCAGAUGAGGGGUACAGCUCACAGAAGAUGUUCUCCGUGACACCUGGUGACAUUGAGCUACGUCCCAUGACUACACACUCUACAAUCACACUGUUUCAGAACAGUGCAGAUUCCCACGUGUCCCUCCCUGGCAUGGUAGAUGAGGACUAUGUUGCUCCAGAUUGUCAAUACCCUCCGCCUCAGAGAAUGUACCAUUCUGUUUACGAGAACAAGAAUGUUUCCUCCCAGGAAUCGUACUGUUUAGCAGAACCAGAUAUAGUAUUUGCAGAGUUUAUGAACGCCAGGACAGGAUUUAACAACCCCCUAUAUGAUGACACCCUGUUAGGCAACCCUACUAAAAAACACAAUAAAACCAACUCUAAGCCUAAACCCUCCGCUAUCACAUUCUACGACACUCAGGUUAUUGGCGACACGAAACAAGAUCAGAGUGACUCGGGCAGUCAAGGCAGUAGAAGCAGUCUACGUAAAAAGAAACAUUUUAAACGGGGCUGCAACACAGAGUUCUACAUAGUGGGCCAUGGUCAGGAGACACUUCCUACUAAUGUUGUUUUAUACCGCUGUAAAAUAGGAUUCAUUGACUGAUAACAUCUGACCGAUGUAAAAUUUGAUAGGAGAGAAAAACAAAACAGAUAAUCAACUCUACUCUCAAAUCUAGGACCAGAACUCUCCAACAGAAUUCAGUUAAACGUUUUUAUAAGUCAUGAACUCUGAUAUUCCGGAGGCAAAGUGUUUGUGUAUAUAAAUGUAAUUUUUGAUUGGGCGACAUCUGUCCGACAGCGACAUCUGUCCGACUCAGAAAAUAGGUUAUUCGGACAAUAGUUUAUGUCGGAACUCGGAUCCUACCGUACGAUUUUCUUGAAACUUUCCAUAAAGUAUGGUGGUUAUAGAUUAUAGGACGGAUAAUCUGUGUAAGUUUGAGCGAGUUUCUAUGUGCCAAAUUUGAGAUAUCACCUUUUAAACACAAAAAAUAUCUCCAAUUCGGUGGUUUGCAGUGGUACCAAGGCAUAUAUCUGGAGAUCCAACGAUACGAUUUUCUUGAAUUUUCUAGAUAGUAAGAUAGCUUUAAGACAAAUAAUUUGUGCAAGUUUGGGUGAAUUUCUAUGUGUCAAAUUUGAGAUAUCACUUCAAACACAAGAAAAUAGUGCUGUCGGACAGAUGUCGCUGUCGGACAGAUGUCGUGUUACCGUAAUUUUUAGUAAAAUAUAAAGAUUUACUAUUAGUGACUUUGUUAUCACCACUGUUACGUUUUUCAAGUUCCUAUUAGUAUGUUUGAGUAGACUAUCCGAAGUUGAAUUUGGUUUUGAUUUGUAAAGCGUAAUCUUAAACUUGUUCUUAAUUAGGAAUUGA